AUGACAUCAAACACACUUAUCCUCCCUCGGCCAGGCUCAAGCCUACCGACAGAAACUCCAACCCCAAUAAAAGCACCGUCCGAAUCUACAUUCACCUCAAAAUUUGGCCAACUCCUCCCAAAAGCCACAUACAUAGAAACACCAAUUGGUCGCAUAGCCUAUUACUCCCUGCCACCAAAACAGAACCAACAGUUGAAUCAGGAUGGCAGGGACUCAAUUUCCCGAGUCCUGUUUAUCCAUGGAGUCCAAACACCAGCAAUAGGACUUUACCCAUUAGCUCACGAGCUCAGCACACGUUUCCCAGCAACGCAUUGCGUGCUCGUUGAUCUAUGGGGUCACGGGUUGAGUGAUACACCAAUCCUACCACACUCAACUUCUUUAUUCCACUCUCUCCUUACUACAGUUCUUGAUACGUUGAGCUGGGACGCUGCACAUGUACUUGGGUAUUCAUUUGGUGGAUCUACAGCAGCCUCGUUUACGGCUCAGUGGCCUGAGCGCGUGAAAUCAAUGGUUCUUAUUGCUCCGGCGGGAUUGGUUCGAUUCGAGGGCUUUUCGAGUACUGAGCAGAAGUAUUUGGUUGGCGGGAAUGGUGUGGAAGAGGAGGCUGGGAAAUGGGUUAUUGAGUGGCUUGAAGGUGGGGAGUUGGUUGUUCCUAAUGAUUGGGAAGAGAGAGUUGCGAAUGGGGAAGUGGUUGCAGAGGCUGUGAGGGAUUGGGAGAUGAAGGUCCAUGAAGGUCAUAUGGCUAGUGUGGUGGGAAUUGUUCGGGAUGGAGGCGUUUGGGGGAAACACGCGGAGUUUAUGGCGGCGGCGAAGACGGGGGUUCCUGGGUUCUGUGUAUUAGGAGAAUUGGAUGAUUUGUGCAGUGUGCAGGAUUUGGAGGAUGUUGAGAUGCGGAAUGUGGCUGUUGUGUCGGAGGUUGGACAUGGAGUUGUGAGACAGAGAGUGUCGGAGGUUGCCAGUCUUGUUGAGGAGUUUUGGAGUAGUCUAUAG